GCCAUGACAGCGAUUUGAAUAAACGUCAAAAGUCGAACGAGUUUUCACAAACAAAAGGUGUUUUACGAAUUUUACACAAAAAUGGACAAAAAAGGCUUCGCCGCACCGCAACCGAAACCGUUGAAGCCAAAACGACCACCAACCAGCACGGUCGCAAGUUCGUCUAGGAAACCAGUGCAAAAUGCGAACAAAGAAAAAAUUCAAAUUCGGAAAAAGAACACAACCAUAGCGGAGGGCGACAUCUCUAUAUUCAAACCGGAAGUAUCUACGCCAGAUUUCGAUGCGGAAUACCGCCAAAUUGCGUACGGGAAGUUUAUGCGCGCGAUGCUUGAAGAAUGCUUGGUUGACGAAAAAGUUGAGCGCGAAGAGACCCAAAUGGACAUACAAAUGGCGCAGUUAGCGGACAGAUUUCAAAAAACGGUUGAUCAGUUGGACAAAACUAAUAGAAGAUUGAAAGAGAUCAACUUUGUUGUGGAACAGAAAAGAUUACUGGACUUAAAGAACCAGGACUGCUCACAGUUCUAUGAGACAACAGAAAAAUCGCAAGUUGAGGAAUUAGUCAAUAACUUAAAAAAUACAGAACAAGCUUCCUUAGACAAAUUACAAACAAAAAAUGUCAACUUUGGCUAUGACAAGGAAAGUGGGCAUAAACAACUAUUAGAUGCAGUGAACGAUGCCAUAGAAGGCUUGGAACAGAUAAAAAAACAUUCAAAUUUGAAUUUGGAAAAGUUUAAAGAAUAUGAAAAAUCACAGAAGAGUCUACAUGAGAUUGAAAGGGAAAGAUUUGAUUUGGAAAGUCUUAAGACGGAGUUUGAGACGAGAUUUCCAAGUUUUACUGAGAAGUUGAUUUCUGAGGCAUCGGACAGGAUCGCAAAGUUGAUGGAUAAUGAUGACUGAUUAUUUGUGUUUAGUUGUUUAAUAAAUUUUUAUUUAAUUUUUUGUGU